ACAACUCAACUUCAAGAUAAACGGGAAGCGAACGAGAGCAAACCAUACAUGUUUCUAGCCACAUCGUACAAUCCCUGAAACAAGGAAUGCUGCUGUUUCAGUUCGUAGCUGGACAGCUUGAACGGUCAUAGGUUUUCUUCCCGAGGUUCUUGCCCGCCUCAACCUCGUUCGUCAGCAAGACCUUGCCGUCCUCCCACGGUGACCGGACCGGGGACGGAGCGUACCCACAACCCGGAAUCGCUCAAAGGUUGAUCGGUCGAAGCUUCCGCCGCCGGUGACGGAUGGCCCGGAGUACACGGCCUGGAGCUCCCGAAGCGGAAAGGUUUCCACUUGCCCAGAUGAGAUAGGCAUUCAAUGCCCAAGACAGAGAAUGUAUGGAGAGCGAGAGAGAGGGUGCCUGGACGAUGUGGGCCUUGGAAAAGGCGAAAUUUGCUUGAGUCUCUCGGCUGGAUCGGCGCUGUUACGUCUGACGCUGCCUUCGGUUCUUUGUGCACUUGGGUUCGUGCAUGGCUGGCUGAUUAGUGCCAUGGCACAGUUUCGCUGUUACGACUCUGCUCGGACUGUUGGCCGGUCUCGGUUUCAUCGAAAUGUUGAGAGGUAAUCUAGUGCUCCAUCUAGUGACUCCGAGGUUGGAAAGCCAUGUCCAUGACUUCGAGAGCCUUAAGGAACAUUCACACGCCGACCACGAGGCUCUUGAAGUUGUCUGCUGAUUCGGAGAACUUAAGGGUUGGCAAAAUGAUUCACGCGCAGCUGAUCGCAUCCAAUGAAAAUUUACGAGGUAGUAUCGUGGAGGCUAACUCUCUGAUCAAUCUGUACUCAAAGUGUGGUCAAAUAUCGAGCGCACGCAAGCUGUUUGACGAUAUGCGAGAGAGAAAUGAAGUCUCUUGGGGGGCUCUGAUGGCGGGAUACUUACGCAGUGGGUUCCCUUGGGAAGUUAUACAAUUGUUCAAGUCUAUGCUGUCCUUGGAAUGUGACCCCCCAAACGAGUAUAUACUUGCUACAGUUGUGUCUUCUUGUUCAGAUGACAGGAGAGUCAAUGAAGGCAAGCAAUGUCAUGGGUAUGUGGUCAAGUCUGGGUUAGAGUUUCAUCAGUAUGUGAAGAAUGCACUUCUUAACAUGUACUUGAGAUGCUGGGAUGUGAAGGCAGGAAUUGUGGUUUUGGACACUUUACCUGGAUAUGAUAUUUUCACGUAUAACUUGGUUUUGAAUGGACUUAUGGAAAAUGGGAAUUUAAUGGAAGCUUUGGAAGUUUUGGCUAGAAUGGUGUUCGAUCGUGCAGCCUGGGAUGGUGCCACUUACUCUACUGCUCUGGGGCUAAGUGCUUCUCUCAAAGAUUUGAAACUGGGUUUGUCGCUUCACUGCCGGAUGUUGAAGAGUCGAGUGGAUUGUGAUGAUUUCUUUUGCAGUACACUGAUUGACAUGUACGGCAAAUGUGGCAAGGUUAUGAAUGCAAGCAAGGUCUUUAACAGUUUGCAGGUUCGAAACGUUGUGACAUGGACUUCAAUGAUGACUGCUUACUUUCAAAAUGGAUUCUUUGAGGAAGCACUUAACCUCUUGCUGAAAAUGGAGAAUGAAUAUAUUCCACCAAAUGAGUACACCUUUGUUGUUUUGUUAAACUGCUGUGCAGCUUUAUCUACAUUAAGGCAUGGGCAUCUUUUGCAUGCGUUAGUGCAGAAGUCCGGAUUAAAAAAUCACACAAGCAUUGGGAAUGCUUUAAUUAAUAUGUAUUCCAAGAGUGGCGACAUUGAAGCCUCAUGUGAAGUUUUCUCAAACAUGGCACGAGACUUUGCUUCUUGGAAUUCAAUGAUAUGUGGAUACUCCCAACAUGGGCUUGGAAGGGAAGCUUUAACAGUUUUUGGAGACAUGAUGGCCACAAGGGAGCUUCCUAGCUACGUAACUUUUGUGGGAGUUCUAUCUGCUUGCGCUCACUUGGGUCUGGAGCAGGAGGCACUUUUUUAUGUGAACCAUCUCAUGAAACAGUAUGGGAUAGAACCUGGAGUAGAGCACUACACCUGCAUUGUUAGGCUUCUGACCAAGGCUGGUGCACUUGACAAAGCUGAAAAUUUUAUGAAGUCUACACCUGUACAAUGGGAUACUGUUGCCUGGCGCACGUUGCUCAAUGCUUGCCAUGUCCAUCGGCAAUGUGGGUUAGGCCUGCGUGUUGCAGAAAUGGUCAUAAGAAUGGAUGCUACUGAUGUUGGAACAUACAUACUUGCAUCUAAUAUGUAUGCCAAGGCAAAGAGGUGGGAUGGGGUUGCGAACAUUCGGAAGCUGAUGAGAGAGAGGAGUAUCAAGAAAGAGCCUGGUGUCAGCUGGAUAGAAAUUAAAGACACAACACAUGUAUUUGUUUCAGAUGACAAUUCACACCCUGAGUAUUUGCAGAUAUAUGAGAAAGUUGGGGAACUUUUGGCCAAGAUUAAAGAGUUGGGUUAUGUCCCAGAUAUUGCUGGAGUGUUGCAUGACGUGGAAGAUGAGCAAAAGGAAGACUAUCUCAGUUAUCACAGUGAAAAAUUGGCCAUAGCAUAUGGUCUCAUGAAAACACCAUCACGAGCACCCUUGCGUGUCAUUAAGAAUCUAAGAAUGUGUGAUGAUUGCCACUCUGCUGUGAAACUUAUCUCAAAGGUCACAAAGAGGGUCAUAAUUGUCAGAGAUGUGAAUCGUUUUCAUCACUUCAGGGAGGGAUUGUGUUCUUGUGGAGACCACUGGUGACACUUGUGGGAACUGUAUCACCCAAGAUAUAUGAGUCAAAAGGCUCGUGCAUCUUGGGAUAUACUUAUUCCAGGCCACUGAUAGAGCAUAGUGGCAGGGACAAAUGGGUAGGGGUGGUGGUGGGGUGCCAGGCUAAGAACAUGGACCUGUUAUUUACCCUUACAACGUGACCGAAAUCCUUCUUCCAUUCAGGUUUCUAUUGAACAUUAGAGUUUUCUCUCACUAGGUGCUGCUGGCAUGUUGAAACAUUGACAAACUAAGGAGAGAUUAUUGGGAAAUGAAACCUGAGACACCUCUAUUGGGGUUUUACCUGGAGUUUCCAGAUUCGCUAUAUAUUGAAGAGUUCCUGAAUUGGGGCACACCAAGUGGUUGUCCUGGCAGUGGAGAGAAAACAGGACUAGUCUCCUGCAUCCUCAACGUCCGGUCAGUCGGUGACCUCUGAAGUUGUCCCAGAAGCUGCUUAUCAACUUAUGUGGUUAAUCUUAUCAAUGUGAGUAUUCUGUGCUUAAAUACCAUGGCACUGUGCUGAAGCUUUACCUGGUAAAUAACUUCUUUUAUUUGUCUCGUCUUGUCUUGCAUUCUCUAGGACCUCAUGGAGGGACUAGUCUAUUGCUGCCUCAUAUCCAGCAGUUUGUAUGAAGUUAGAGGGUGUCAAACUACUGAUAUAGAAUGCAAAUAAUGCAAUAGUUCAACUGAGUUUUCCA